AUGUUUGCUUUAGGGUUUCCGGAGUUUGACUCCAUGGGGUUUCCUCUAACCUUCUUGCUUUAUAAGCCAGCUCCCUAUGAUGGAAGCGACCUUUUGGUCGAGGGCUUCCUGCUUCAGAGCCAGCUCUACCUGCAAAACCUUCUCGACCCUCAGCCUUCUGAAACACAAAAGGUGCUGUUCAUGAUGUCAAGGCUGAGGGGUGCUGCGCGAGAAUGGGCUAGGCAGCUCUGGUCCGAGAGGGGAGCUGCGCUUGUCUCGGUUAAGGAGUUUGAGGGCCUCAUGCGAGCCAAAUUUUCAGGCAAGAACCCCUUCGAGCUUGGUAUGGGGAAGUUGGUGAAACCUCCCGUACCCAUAGGAGACGCUCCACGCAGCAGAGUGCCCACUGCAGCUAAUGCCCGGCAUCCAGUGCCUGCUGGGGAACCUAAAUUUUCCCCAGUGCCCACUGCAGAUGUGGUCCGGGUGCCAGUGCCUGCUCAUAUUGCUCGUGACCGUCCCAAGUUCUUGUUAGGAGCCACUCAGGAUAGUUUGUAUAGUCCUGUGCCUCGUACUGACCCCAAGGGCUCCAGGGGUCCUUUUACACAAAUAACUUGUGGCUCUACAAUGCUGAAUCAAAGAAACAUGUUCCUGUACUCAACCUUUGUCCUAAUGCACCUGGUUGGGAGGUAUUUUGCAGCAGCAGCCCUUCCACAAACAGCAGCCCCAAUUUUGGAUGGAAAGCCAUUUGUUGUUAUAUGGAACUCUCCCAUCUCCAAAUGCCAACAGCUGAAGAUCUCUUUGGACUUGACUGUGUUCCAGGCUGUCACUACACCAGCCAAAAUCCAGAACCAAACCCUAACACUGUUCUACAAAAAACGACUAGGGCUCUUUCCUUACAUAGAACUUCAAACUUUGACACAGCACAGUGGUGCAAUUCCACAAAAAGGUAACCUAACUGCCAGUCUGCAAAAAGCCAAAGAAGAGUUUACUCAGUACGUUAAUCCUUCUGUACCUGGACUGGCUGUCCUUGACUGGGAGGAGUGGUUUCCAUUAUUUGACCAAAAUGCAGAUUUAAGAGCAAUCUAUAAGGACCUCUCUAUUAACUACACUCUACAGCUGGAACCUUCCUUAACACACAAACAAGCUACAAUCAAGGCCAACAAGCAGUUUGAGAAAGCUGCCCGAAGUUUCAUGGAAGAGACAUUAAAGUUAGGCAUUUCAGAGAGACCACAAAACUUGUGGGGAUAUUACUUGUUUCCUGACUGUUAUAACUAUGCUUUUGAAAAUCCAAGCUAUACAGGGAGAUGCUCUCAAAAUGCAACCCAGUUAAAUACUGAACUGUUCUGGCUUUGGGACACAAGCACUGCUCUUUUUCCAUCAGCAUACAUGCCAUCUUCUAUCAGUGGGAGCCAGAAAGCUGCUCUCUUUGUUCGAAACCAGGUGCUAGAGGCUAUGCGAGUGGCAGCUUUGCCCAAGCACCCCUACACUGCUCCUAUUUAUUUAUAUCUGCGACUCCUUUUGCGGGAACAAAAGCAAUACAUGCAACAGGCAGACCUAGUCCGGAGUAUUGGUGAGAGUGCAGCUUUGGGAGCUGCUGGAUGUGUGCUGUGGGGAUCUAGUUAUGAUUUUAAUGAUAAGGCCUCUUGUACAUCCCUGUCUACAUACUUGUCUGAGACUUUAAAUCAGUACAUUGUCAAUGUUACAACUGCGGCCCAGCUGUGCAGCGAAUUUCUCUGCCAAGGGAAUGGACGCUGUGUACGAAAAGAUUAUGAUUCGAAUGACUACCUUUAUCUCAGCCUUAACAGCUUCAACAUACAAAAAAGUGGUGGUUUGUAUAAUGUCACUGGUAAACCUUCUGUCAGCGACCUAAGUGCCUGGAACAACAAGUUUACUUGUCAGUGCUAUGAAGGCAGAAUCUGUCCUGUUCAAAUACCAUUAUUAGGAUGUUCAAAACGUCAUCACGGUGUAAUCGUAUACCUGUCAGUGUUGCUUGCUGUGUUUCUAUCAUUGGAAUUAUCAUAG